GUUGCCUGAAGCUCAGCAGAGGGUCGGGGGAUGUUUUCUAAAUUUGAUGUCACAAAUGAAAAGCUUGUACCUUGCAUACUGUGCCAACCACCCAUCAGCAGUAAAUGUUCUCACAGAACACAGUGAGGAGCUAGGAGAAUUCAUGGAGGUGAAAGGUGCCAACAGCCCUGGGAUCCUUGUGCUGACCACGGGCCUCAGCAAACCUUUUAUGCGUCUGGAUAAAUACCCCACGUUACUCAAAGAGCUUGAAAGGCACAUGGAGGAUUAUCAUCCGGAUCGUCCAGAUAUCCAAAAAUCCAUGACUGCCUUCAAAAAUCUUUCAGCACAAUGUCAAGAAGUAAGGAAGAGGAAAGAACUUGAACUACAAAUCCUGACAGAAGCAAUCCGUUGUUGGGAGGGAGAGGAUAUUAAAACCCUUGGCAAUGUGAUUUACAUGUCCCAGGUGAUGAUUCAGUGUGCUGGAAGUGAGGAAAAGAAUGAAAGGUAUCUUCUUCUCUUCCCUAACAUUUUGCUAAUGUUGUCUGCCAGCCCAAGAAUGAGUGGGUUUAUCUAUCAGGGAAAACUGCCAAUGACAGGAAUGACUAUCACAAAGCUAGAAGACACUGAAAACCAUAAAAAUUCAUUUGAAAUAUCAGGAAACAUGAUUGAGAGGAUACUAGUGUCUUGCAAUAACCAACAAGAUUUGCAUGAGUGGGUGGAUCACCUGCAGAAGCAAACCAAAGUCACAACUGUUGGGAAUCCCACCAUUAAACCUCACUCUGUGCCAUCUCACACGCUUCCUUCCCAUCCAGUAACCCCCUCCAGCAAGCACUCUGACAGCAAGCCGAUCCCGCUGACUCCUGCCUACCACACCCUCCCUCAUCCCUCCCACCAUGGAACUCCACACACCACAAUAAACUGGGGACCUCUGGAGCCUCCCAAAACUCCCAAGCCUUGGAGCCUGAGCUGCUUACGGCCUGCACCUCCCCUACGGCCUUCAGCAGCUCUUUGUUACAAAGAGGAUCUCAGCAAAAGCCCUAAAACCAUGAAAAAGCUGCUUCCCAAACGCAAGCCGGAACGGAAGCCGUCAGAUGAAGAGUUUGCACUGAGAAAAAGUACAGCUGCUUUAGAAGAAGAUGCUCAAAUUCUUAAAGUCAUUGAAGCAUAUUGCACAAGUGCCAAAACACGUCAAACACUAAAUUCAACAUGGCAAGGCACUGACCUGAUGCAUAAUCACGUCUUGGCUGAUGAUGACCAAUCAAGUCUAGACUCCUUGGGUCGUCGCAGUAGCCUUUCUCGUUUGGAGCCUUCAGACCUCUCAGAAGACUCUGACUAUGACAGUAUAUGGACAGCCCAUAGUUACAGAAUGGGGUCUACAUCUCGUUCCCGGAAAGAAUCAGCUCCCCAAGUCCUGCUCCCAGAAGAAGAAAAAAUUAUUGUAGAAGAAACUAAAAGUAAUGGUCAGACUGUUAUAGAAGAGAAAAGCCUCGUUGACACAGUAUAUGCAUUAAAGGAUGAAGUCCAGGAGUUAAGACAGGAUAACAAAAAGAUGAAGAAAUCAUUAGAAGAAGAACAAAGAGCUCGCAAGGACUUGGAGAAGCUCGUUAGAAAAGUUCUAAAGAACAUGAAUGAUCCAUCCUGGGAUGAAACCAACUUAUAACUCCUUUUUUUCUUCUUUUUUUUUUUUCCCCUUUUUCUUUCUAUUGAAAGACCAGUUGUAAAACUGAGCUGGGAAGCCUUCUGACAUUAGUCAGUGUUGCAUCAAGAGCACUACAAAAGAGGAUGUAACUGGAUCUGGUGAUCUCUUGCUCUGAACAUCCAGAAACAGUCAAGCCAUUUACUGAAUCAAUCUCUACUUUUAAAGUGUGUGGAGACUGUGGAUCCUGAACUCUACUAAACUUAAUUUGUUUGCAUCUAAAUUACCUCAUUUUGCAGAAAAGUGCAGCACCUGACUAAAAGUCCAUGUUUUUCAGUGGCUUUUUAAUUAAAUAUAUAUUUUUCUUGUAAAUAUCUGUAAUUUUGAAUGCAUAUGUGGUUGAUGUAUCAGGGCUGGUAUGUUGUUUUUUUUUCUCCUCUUGUUGUUACAAUGGUCACAAGUGUUAGAAAUGAUGGCAGUACUGUCUUACCUAAGAAAUGUCAGAGUUUUUUUGUGGAUAAUUCCAGUUUUGUUCCAGAUGACCCACUCAUCACACAUGCAAAUUCAAAAAAAAAAACCUCUUUUUCCCCAUUGACCACUAUUUAAAUCCUUCACUCUUAUUUAUGUCC